AUGCCGAAAGCAGAUGCUUGUUCAUUUGACCAUGUGGUUGGUCGACUACCACUAGAUUGUGUGUGUUCUCUGGAAGUUCCAGUACUGGGUGUUCUUGUUGCCUUUGAGGUACUUGAUGUAUUCUCUCUUGUACUGGCAGAAUGUGUCUUAGACUUGGAUGUCGAUGUUUCAGUUACUGGCUUUGUUGGUCGUGUACCAGGACCUCUACUUUCAGUGGCAGUUGGCGUUUGUUUGCUUGACCAUGUGGUUGGUCGACUACCACUAGAUUGUGUGUGUUCUCUGGAAGUUCCAGUACUGGGUGUUCUUGUUGCCUUUGAGGUACUUGAUGUAUUCUCUCUUGUACUGGCAGAAUGUGUCUUAGACUUGGAUGUCGAUGUUUCAGUUACUGGCUUUGUUGGUCGUGUACCAGGACCUCUACUUUCAGUGGCAGUUGGCGUUUGUUUGCUUGACCAUGUGGUUGGUCGACUACCACUAGAUUGUGUGUGUUCUCUGGAAGUUCCAGUACUGGGUGUUCUUGUUGCCUUUGAGGUACUUGAUGUAUUCUCUCUUGUACUGGCAGAAUGUGUCUUAGACUUGGAAGUCGAUGUUUCAGUUACUGGCUUGGUUGGUGGUGUACCAGAACCUCUACUUUCAGUGGCAGUUGGCGUUUGUUUGCUUGACCAUGUGGUUGGUCGACUACCACUAGAUUGUGUGUGUUCUCUGGAAGUUCCAGUACUGGGUGUUCUUGUUGCCUUUGAGGUACUUGAUGUAUUCUCUCUUGUACUGGCAGAAUGUGUCUUAGACUUGGAAGUCGAUGUUUCAGUUACUGGCUUGGUUGGUGGUGUACCAGAACCUCUACUUUCAGUGGCAGUUGGCGUUUGUUUGCUUGACCAUGUGGUUGGUCGACUACCACUAGAUUGUGUGUGUUCUCUGGAAGUUCCAGUACUGGGUGUUCUUGUUGCCUUUGAGGUACUUGAUGCAUUAUUACUAGUAUUGACAACAGCCAAUUUAAUUCUGGAAUUGUAUAUUUCAGUUACUGGCUUGGUUGGUCGUGUACCAGGACCUCUACUUUCAGUGGCAGUUGGCGUUUGUUUGCUUGACCAUGUGGUUGGUCGACUACCACUAGAUUGUGUGUGUUCUCUAGAAGUUCCAGUACUGGGUGUUCUUGUUGCCUUUGAGUUACUGGCUUGGUUGGUCGUGUACCAGGACCUCUACUUUCAGUGGCAGUUGGCGUUUGUUUGCUUGACCAUGUGGUUGGUCGACUACCACUAG